AUGUCAUUCAUUUAAAUCAUUUUGUUUAUAAUUUUUAUUUGCUGUAAUGUUAUGCAAAAUAAUAAAUUACGCGAAAAAUGUCUUCAACUUCGUCCUCCGAAUCAGAAACUAGUGCCAGCAGUUCUAAAUUUGAUCCGAUAAAAGUUUUAUACUCAAAAAAGACGAAGGUUCCCGUUAAAAACGCACCGUUGUACGAUAAUUUACAACAGUUUGAAUCGGCACUGAAAUACAAUGAAUCGCAAAGUUCUUCUAUCAUACCCGUUGGUAAGCAAGAGCUUGUAAAGAAGAGGGAAGAGGAAAAAGAGGCAAAGAAGAAAGAAGAGGAGAAAAAUCUUGCGGAAAAGAACAAACAGCGGUUUGCUCAGUAUCAAGGUCUGGAGCCAGUGAAAAGACCUUUCAGAGCGAAGAAUGUUAUGACAAGAUUAGAAGCCAUGACGGGGCCACUUGGUGCUUUAAAGGAAUGCGUUGACCAGAGACUAAGGAUAAAGAUAACGACCCGCAACGCGAACGGCAUACGAGGAGUGCUGCACGCGACGCUCGUGGCGUUCGACAAGCAGUGGAACAUGGCGCUCUCGGACGUGCUCGAGAUAUGGAGGAGGAAGGCGCCCAAGAAGAGGAAGAUACCGCCCGCCUUAGGCACGCCGGUACCAAAAGGCACGGCGGCUUCCAUAUCGGCAGUGCCGGUCGUCACUGAGACCAAUGUCGGCGGCGGCGUCCUGGAGUGCACCAGACAUCUGCCGCAGAUCAUGGUGCGAGGGGAACACGUUGUGAUGGUCAACAUCGUCGAACGGUCCACUGCACUAUCACAGCAAUAAGUGUUACGACUAUAGAGUAUUUUAUGGAUUGCAAGUCUAUCAGUUUCCUACCAUAGCAAGGUAUGGUCCAUAAUUGGUAAGGAAUUUGGACCGUGGAGGUUGUGGUCGUGAAAUCUUGUCUUUAGUCGCCAUACCCGUGGUACAUCGUGGUAACUCUUAGACAUUGGUCUUUAAAGCUUAAUUUUUAACAGUGUUUUGGGGUUGCUGUGAAACUAAGUGACUGACGACUGGGGAGAUGAUAUCUAAUAUUACACUGAAAAAUUAAAAAAAUACACUUUACAACGCUAAUAACGGAUCUGCCCUGUAGCCAAGUGGCACGUCGAUUCUCUUUCUACGAUCGCAAACGCUUCGAAAACUAGAAAAAUGUAUGGGAAUGACAUUUGCUAUAGACAAGUCACGUGAUCCGGUUCUGUCAUUCCCAUACAUUUUUCUAGUUUUCGAAGCGUUUGCGGGUUUGAAACCUUUGAAACCUGCUAACCCACCACAGUCCAAACUUCUUGAUAGGGUGCUGUACUUAACUGUUGUAAUUGUAUUUAAGUGUAGAAGGGAUACAAUUAAUCAGUGUUAUAUUACAAGUAUUAAAUGUUAUAUUACAAUGGCAACUAUCUUAAUACCGAGAUAACAGUACAGUUUGAGCGUAUCAUUCAUCAGUUAUUAUGUCUGUUGUAAUGAACCACCAACACAACUGUAUAAUUUUGCAUCCAGAUCGAUGAUUAGGAAUCUCAUUCAAUUCAAGUAAAGUUAUUAUAUUUCAGUAAGGUAGUUUGACAUAAAUCGUUGCUGUAACUCACUCAUACCAUUUAAAAAUGUAGGUAUUAAUUGUUAUAUAAGCUCUCCUAUUGUAUUAGGUAGGUAUAUUGUAAGAAAUAAGUGUUAUAUUACAAAUAAUUGAUGUUAUAUGUACAUUGUACAACUAAAAUUCACUGCGGGCGGUGACUUCUAGUCUAAGUCUAACUCGUGUCUAGAACUUAAACGUGCAACGAGUUUUCAUUUUCAUUCAAAAUAUUUAGACACGAAAUGGUUUAAUUCGCUUUUAGAGGGCCACGGAGGGAAAAUGGAAUUAAAUGAAAACACGCUAUUAUACGCUAUUUUGACAAUAAAAAAUAUUUUUUGUAGAGAAAAAUAAA